AUGUUCAGUUUCAGCUUAUUUUUUCACAUUUAAAAACUCCAUUGUAUCAUACAGACAUUUUUUUGUACAUUUUCAAAAUUUUCAGAAAUGGCCGAUAAAGGCGCAUUUAAUCCUUAUGACCAUAGAGAUGUGGAGCACGAAUUGUCAAAUUUUGGAGCUUUUAUAUCGCUUGUCAAGUGCGUUGUGGGUACCGGUGUUUUGGCUCUGCCCAGGGCUUUCUACUAUUCAGGAAUCAUUUUUGGCAUCGUCAUGCUAAUAGCCAUCACAUUUAUGCUCAUCCAUAGCAUGCAAUUAUUGAUUAUUUGCAUGAUUGAAUCAGCCCGACGACAACAAAUGGGAUACUCCACUUUUCCGGAAACCAUGAAGUUUGCCCUUUCCCAGGGUCCCAGGUGCUGUCGAUGUUGGGCUAAAGUUGGUGCCAUAAUAUGCGACGCGGUCCUCAUAUUUUCACACUACGGUGUAUGUGUUGUGUACCUUGUGUUUGUUAGCCUAAACCUACAGAAAAUCCUCAAAUUUAAAUACGGAGACUCUGACAACCUAAGAUAUUAUGUGAUCAUUGUCGGGAUUCUUGUGCUUCCGCCAUUUAUGAUAACUAGACUCAAGUGGCUGGUUCCCUUCAACCUGAUCGCCAGUAUUUUGGAAUAUGUUGCAUUUGCCUGCAUGAUUUACUACAUCUUCCAGGAUCUGCCUCCGAUCACUGAGAGAGCUGUCUUCUUUGGAAAAGUUGAACAUAUGGCCUCUUUCUUUGGAACAGUCCUGUUUUCCAUAACCUCCGUGGGUGUGAUGUUGGCCAUUGAGGCAAAAAUGAAGCACCCUGAACAGUACAUCGGAUGGUUCGGAAUCAUGGACAUUGCCGUAGUUUUUAUCGUUAUUUCGUAUAUAUUCUUUGGAGUCAUGGGCUACUGGAAGUACGGAGAUGAUAUACAGACCGCUUUGAGCCUCAAUCUGCCUACAGAGGAAGCUAUUGCCAAAGUUUCGCAGGUGUCUAUUAUGUGUGCCAUCUUUCUCACCUACUCCCUGUGCGGCUACGUGGUAAUCAACAUUAUAAUGACCCACUAUUGGAACAAAAGCGGGGAGCUAAAACACCCCAUAAUCAAGGAGUUAAUCGUACGAUUGAUUUUCGUUUUGGUAAGCACCUUAAAUGCCGCCAUGGCUCCAGAUUUUGGACCCCUGCUCUCCCUUGUGGGCGCCUUCACCAUCUCCCUGCUGAACCUCAUUUUCCCGGCAUUGAUCGAGAUUUGUCUCCUCUAUCCCCCGGAGUACACCUACGGCAAAUACAAGUGGAAGCUUAUCAAGGAUAUUGCACUGAUGGUUAUUGGCACUCUUAUCCUAGUAAACGGCACCUAUGAGGCAAUCAGAGACAUGUUCCGGGCAUGGGUUCCCGGCUUUAAGACGACGACAGUCGCAGGUUAAGACUCAAAAACUGAGGCGACGGAGUCCCCGGAAAGAGCCCCAGCAGCCGUAGCCCGGUUCUUUGCGGAUUAUUUCGCUCUAUAAGACGUAAUCCAAUGGACCUACGCUUACACCACAACGAUUUGAAAAGCAUUUAAAACAAAAAUGUAUCACUGACAUGCUCCACUCUUUAUCCAAACUCUCGGUUAAAAUUGUAAAUGGAAA